AUGGCAACAACAAAUGGUGAGAGAGUGGCAAUAGGAAUCGAUCUAGGCACAACCUACUCAUGCGUUGCUGUGUGGCGCCACGAUCGAGUGGAGAUCAUCGUCAACGAUCAAGGCAACCGAAUAACACCAUCUUGCGUUGCCUUCACUCCCACCCAAAAGAUGAUUGGUGAAGCUGCUCAGAACCAGGCUGCUACCAACCCUGUCAACACUGUCUUUGAUGCAAAGCGGUUAAUUGGAAAGAGAUUUAGUGACCCCACGGUUCAGAGUGAUAUGAAGUUAUGGCCAUUCAAAGUUAUUGCAGGUGUUAAUGACAGGCCCAUGAUUGUUGUUAAUUACAAUGGUGAGGAAAAACAUUUUUCUGCUGAGGAAAUUUCAUCCAUGGUCUUGACAAAGAUGCGUGAGAUUGCAGAGGCUUUUCUUGGAUCAAUGGUGACAGAUGUUGUUGUGACUGUGCCUGCUUACUUUGAUAACUUUCAACGUCAAGCUACCAGAGAUGCUGGUGCUAUUGCUGGCCUCAAUGUUAUUCGAAUAAUUAAUGAGCCUACUGCUGCAGCAAUUGCAUAUGGCCAGCUUCACACUAAAGAUUAUAGUCUGGGAAGUAAAAAUGUUUUCAUCUUCGAUCUUGGUGGUGGUACUCUGGAUGUGUCUCUUCUCACAAUUAAGAAUGAUGAUAUCCAAGUUAGGGCCAUUGAUGGAGACACUCACCUUGGUGGAGAGGACUUUGACAAGAGAAUGAUGAACUAUUGUGUGAAUGAGUUCGAGAGAAAGAACCAAAUGGACAUUACUGGAAACCCAAGAGCCCUUAGGAGGUUGAGGACUGCUUGUGAGAAAGCAAAGAGGACACUCUCUUCCACUACGGAGACCACUAUUGAAUUAGAUUGUUUAUAUCAGGGUAUUGAUUUCUACUCAUCAAUCACUCGUGCAAAGUUUGAGGAACUCAACAGGGACCAGUUUGACAAGUGUAUGGAGCAUGUGGAGAAGUGUCUGAAAGAUUCUAAGAUGGAAAAGAGCAGGGUUGAUGAUGUUGUCCUUGUAGGUGGCUCUACAAGGAUUCCAAAAGUGCAGCAGCUAUUGAGGGACUUCUUUGAUGGAAAGGAUCUAUGCAUGAGCAUCAAUGCUGAUGAGGCUGUUGCUUAUGGUGCUGCUGUCCAGGCUUUUAGAUUGAGUAGUAGUGAGUUCAAUGAGAAGGUUAAUCAUGUGUGUGAAGUCACUCCUCUGUCCCUUGGGGUGAAAAUAAAUGGAGGUAUCAUGAAAGUAAUGAUACCUAGGAAUACUAUCUUUCCUACAAAGAUGGAACAUGUAUUCACCACACAUUUUGAUAACCAAAUCAUUAUAUUGAUUCAUGUUUACGAGGGCGAGAGGCAAAUAACUAGUGGCAACAACUUGCUAGGUGAAUUUGAGCUGGAAAUACCUCCAGCUCCUCGGGGUGUUCCUCAAAUCAAUGUCAGCUUUCAAAUUGAUGAUGAUGGUAUCCUACACGUCUCUGCCACGGAAAAAUUAAAUGGAAUAAACAAGAAGGUUGUGAUAAUAAAUGACAAGGGAAGGCUUUCAAUGGAAGAAAUUAAGAGGAUGAUCAGAGAAGCUGAGAAGUACAAGGCUGGAGAUGAGGAGUACCUGAAGAAGGUAAAAGCAAGGAAUGCAUUGGAGAAGUAUGCAUACAACAUGAGGAAUGCUAUAAAUAAUAAGGAGAUUAGUUUGAAGCUUUCCCAACAAGACAAGAAAAGGAUCAACAGUGCAAUUGAUAUGGCCUUAGGAUGGCUUGAAGUCAAUGUGGUUGCAGAACAAGAAGAUUUUGACAAGAUAAGGAGUGUUCUUUCGAGUGUCUUUGAUCCAAUUAUUAUGAAGAUGAUAAAGGAUGAGGAUGAUGAUGGUGUGCCCCCUGGUGGUACUGUUGUUGCUGGCUCUGAUAUGAAUAAUAAAAAGAAUCGCUUGUUAUCAAUAUUGGGAAAAUUUGCUUUCGAGGCAGUAAUUUCAGCUGUUACAGGUAAUAUCACUGGGUUGGUUUCUUCUGUAAUUCAAGCUAUUAUUCAAACUAUUUAA